AUGGCGGCUGGCAACAUGAGCCUGCCUCCGAACCUUACCCAGCAGCACAUCCAAGAGGUGCUUCAGAAGUUCAAGCAGAUGCAAGAACAGGGAGUUCGCCACGACGACCCUGAAUACCUCAAAGCUCACAACCUGCUCGCUGCGGUUCAACGACAACAAGUUUACCAGAAGCAAAGGCAAUUCGCGCAGCAGCAGCUCCAGGCACAACACCGCCAACAACAGCUGAACGGCGCGACCCCGGAUGCUGCUGUUGUGAAUGGAGUCAAUGGUCGGAACGGUCCCGGCCCCUCUCCAGCUACCGCCCAGGAUGUCUCAGCUGCAGCUGCAGCCGCUCAGUCACAACCUACCGGUCCGGCUGCGGCCCAGAAGGGUGCACCUGUGGCCAGUGGUAGUUUUUCCGCCGAGCAACUCGCCACUCUCAGAAAUCAAAUAAUGGCGUUUAAACUGCUUUCUAAGAAUUUGACAAUACCUCUCCGCGUUCAGCAGCAGCUUUUUGCCUCCAAGAAGUUGCAGACUCCUACACCUUCGGAUGGUGCCGCGACCGCAGAGAGCGUUCUCGACAGCGCGACUCAAGCAAAGUCAGAGCAACCCACUCCUGACUCGCCUUCUCAGUCUAAAGAUUUCUACGAGACCUUCCAGUCACCCUAUGAGUUGUUCCCUAAGAGCGUUACCUUUACCGAUCAUGCUUCGCGUGCCAAUCGCAUGCGCGUCCCUGCCUUGAUGCCACCAGGCAUUGAUCUGGAGCAGCUGCGUGAAGAUCGUGAGAUGAUCUUGUACAACAAAAUCAAUGCGCGAAAAGCUGAACUCGCCGAACUUCCUGCGAAUCUUGGUGUCUGGGAUACAACCAAAACCGAUACCCCUAGCGGCGAUGAUUCGCUGAAGCUGAAAGCAUUGAUCGAGUACAAGAUGCUGAAUCUGUUGCCCAAGCAAAGGCUUUUCCGCAAACAAAUUCAGAACGAAAUGUUUCACUUUGAUAACUUGGGCAUGACUGCCAAUCGCUCCAGCCAUCGCCGUAUGAAGAAGCAGUCCCUUCGCGAAGCGCGAAUUACUGAGAAACUAGAGAAGCAGCAACGUGAUGCUAGGGAGACUCGGGAGAAGAAGAAGCAAUAUGAUCAACUCCAAGCCAUCCUGAACCAUGGCAUUGAGCUCCAAAAUGCUGCCAACCAGCAGCGCACGCGUAUGCAGAAGCUUGGCCGUAUGAUGCUGCAGCAUCACCAGCACAUGGAGCGCGAGGAGCAAAAGCGGGUUGAACGUACUGCCAAACAGCGUCUCCAGGCCUUGAAGGCUAACGACGAGGAGACUUACAUGAAGCUUUUGGGUCAAGCCAAGGAUUCGCGUAUUUCCCAUCUGCUCAAACAGACCGAUGGUUUCCUCAAACAACUCGCUGCCUCCGUCAGGGAACAGCAGCGCAGCCUGGCUGAACGCUAUGGCGAGGACGAGGAGGCCUUUGAAGAGGAGGAGGAGGAAGAAGAGGCCAUUGGCUCUGAUACCGACGAGGAGGGCGAUGGUAGACGGAAGAUUGACUACUAUGCUGUUGCUCACCGGAUCAAGGAAGAGAUCACCGAGCAGCCAACGAUUCUCGUCGGUGGCAAGCUCAAGGAGUACCAGAUUAGAGGUCUCCAAUGGAUGAUUUCGCUAUAUAACAACAACCUGAACGGUAUCUUGGCCGACGAGAUGGGUCUUGGAAAGACUAUUCAGACCAUCAGUUUGAUCACACAUAUCAUCGAGAAGAAAAAGAACAAUGGGCCUUUCUUGGUCAUCGUUCCUCUCAGUACGCUGACGAACUGGAACCUGGAAUUUGACAAGUGGGCGCCGUCGGUCUCCAAGGUCGUCUACAAGGGACCUCCUAACGCACGUAAACAACAGCAACAGCAAAUUCGCUGGGGUAACUUCCAGGUUCUGUUGACGACGUAUGAAUACAUCAUCAAGGACCGUCCAAUUCUCAGCAAGAUCAAGUGGACGCACAUGAUAGUUGAUGAAGGUCAUCGUAUGAAGAACACGCAGUCUAAGCUGAGCAGCACGCUGUCUCAGUACUACACCAGCCGUUAUCGUUUGAUUUUGACUGGUACUCCCUUGCAAAACAAUCUUCCCGAGUUAUGGGCGUUGCUGAACUUCGUUCUUCCUAACAUUUUCAAAUCGGUCAAAUCGUUUGAUGAAUGGUUCAACACUCCUUUUGCGAACACUGGUGGCCAAGAUCGGAUGGAGCUUAGCGAAGAAGAACAGCUGCUGGUCAUCCGUCGUCUGCACAAGGUUCUUCGGCCUUUCUUGCUUAGACGUCUCAAGAAGGAUGUCGAGAAGGAUCUGCCCGACAAGCAAGAACGUGUUAUCAAGUGUCGCUUCUCCGCACUGCAAGCGAAGCUGUACAAGCAGCUCGUCACCCACAACAAGAUGGUUGUCAGCGAUGGCAAAGGCGGCAAGACUGGCAUGCGUGGUCUCAGCAACAUGCUGAUGCAGCUGAGAAAACUGUGCAAUCAUCCUUUCGUUUUCGAGCCUGUUGAGGAUCAAAUGAACCCUGGUCGGGCAACCAAUGAUCUUAUCUGGCGUACGGCGGGUAAAUUCGAACUCCUGGACAGGAUUCUUCCCAAGUUCAGGGCCACCGGCCAUCGUGUGUUGAUGUUCUUCCAGAUGACUCAGAUCAUGAACAUCAUGGAAGAUUUCCUCCGCCUUCGAGGUCUAAAAUACCUUCGUCUUGAUGGUUCGACCAAGUCUGAUGAUCGAUCGGAUCUCCUGAAGCUGUUCAAUGCUCCUGGCUCCGAUUACUUCUGUUUUCUGCUCUCGACCCGUGCUGGUGGCCUCGGUCUUAACUUGCAGACGGCCGAUACCGUUAUCAUCUUCGAUUCCGAUUGGAAUCCUCAUCAAGAUCUGCAGGCCCAGGAUCGUGCGCACCGUAUCGGUCAGAAGAAUGAGGUUCGCAUCCUACGUCUCAUCAGCUCCAAUUCCGUUGAGGAGAAGAUCCUGGAGCGUGCGCAGUUCAAGCUCGACAUGGACGGCAAGGUCAUCCAAGCCGGAAAGUUCGACAACAAGUCAACCAACGAAGAACGUGAUGCUUUGCUGCGGACACUGCUCGAGACCGCCGAGGCCGCAGACCAACUUGGCGAGCAGGACGAAAUGGAUGACGAUGAUCUGAAUGAUAUCAUGGCCCGUACUGACAAUGAAAUUACUGUUUUCCAACAGAUCGACAAGGAGCGCCAGAAGAAUGACGCAUAUGGACCUGGUCACCGAUACCCCCGUCUCAUGUGCGAAGAGGAACUUCCCGAUAUUUACCUUGCUGAUGAGAACCCGGUCCAGGAGGAGACCGAAGUUGAGGUCACUGGCCGUGGAGCCCGUGAACGCAAAGUUACCCGCUACGACGAUGGUCUUACAGAGGAGCAGUGGGCCAUGGCCGUGGAUGCUGAUGAUGAUACGAUCGAGGAGGCGAUUGCACGAAAGGAGGCAAGAGUUGAGCGCCGCCGUGUCAAUAAGGAGAAACGUGGUCGCAAGAGCGCGGGCGCUGAAUCCUCUCCAGAGCCGUCGCGGGAGAGCUCCGCAACCCCUCAACCUAAGAAACGUGGUCGCAGAGGUCCUGCUCCGAAACGCAAAGCAGAGGAACCCAUUGAAGAGACUCCGCAGCCAAAACGCAAACGCGGUAGACAACCGAAACCUGUGGAGACCUUAAGUAGCGAAGACCGGGCUGCACUCCAGCAGAUCGUUAACAAGGCCUACCAGGCGCUGAUGGAGAUGGAGCAAGAACUGCCUGCCGACUCUUCAGAUAGCGAAGACGGACCGGUCACGCGCUCGAUCAUUGAGCCGUUCAUGAAGCCGCCGCCCAAGAACCACUAUCCCGACUAUUACAUGAUCAUCCAGAACCCGAUUGCCAUGGAGAUGAUCAAGAAGAAGAUCAACCGCGAGGAGUACCAAAAUCUGAGGGAUUUCCGGAACGAUAUCCACCUUCUCUGCCAGAACGCUCGGACGUACAACGAGGAUGGCAGUAUUCUGUUCCAGGACGCCAACGACAUCGAGGCAAUGAUGCGUCGGCCGCUCUGCGGCUGCUGGCACACUACGGGAGGAACCCCGGCGCAACCCAAGUUGAAGCUCACCUUCAACAAUAGUAACAGGGAUGCUGGAAUGGCCAAUGGCGCGCCUGGCUCGGGAAAUGUAUGA